AUGAAGGUGAAACUUCUUGUUCGAAUAUACCAUAUGAACCUAGUCUUUUGGAUAAUAAAUUACCAAUUGAAAAACCCAGUCUUUGGGAUGACUUUUUACCAACCGAGGAUCAAAUACCAAAUAAUAUUUAUCAAGAAUUUAUAGAAAUCAUUAUGGAAUACCAAUUAUCUAAUUCCUGUGGUGAUAGAAUAAUUAAGCUGAUCAAUAAUAGUCAAAAUUCCACUGAUAAAAAUCUGUUACCAAAAAGCAUCAAGGAAGGUCGUAAAUUCCUUGAUGUUAACGAAUUUCCUUAUAUGAAAUUCAAAAUAGUUCCUAUCACAAAUUUUCAGGAUAUAGAUUAUAAUUUCCAUUACCAACCGAUAAUUCACGGAAUUAAGAUGUAUAUGAAGUUGCAUCAGGAAUCUUUUACAGAUAUUGAAUUGGCAGAAUUGCAGGCAUAUAUAACUGAAUUCUAUCAAGAAUUUGUGACAAUAUUUUACGAUUAUUUGUCAAGUCAUUGCAGAAUUCCAAAACUUCACGUACUUCACUAUCAUGAAUUAAACGUUAGUAAGAUUGAAUCAAAAGUUUCUCAAAUAAAACAAGAUGAUGAUAUUCAUCGUCUAUAUAAAGAAGGUUUUGAUAAUCUUUGUGCAGGUUUCAACGAAUUUUUAGUCGAAAAUAAUAUAACUUAUGAUAAUGAGUUUGGAUAUUUUAAGAUAUAUUCAAGUGUAGCC